AUGAUCAAUAUUAAAUUGAUUGAAUAACUUUAAAAAGAUUUACAUUAAUUAAAAUCAAUUGUUGUUUAAUAAUUAGAUCAAUUCAUAGGAAAUACAGAUGAAUGGAGGAAAUAGUUAUUAUUAUUAGGAUAAUAAAAUGUUACUUAUAGUUUUUUUAAUGAAUUAGAAAAAAUAAUUAAAUAAAAUAAAUUUGAUGAAUUCAAUUAGAAAUAUUUAAUUGAUUAAAUUAUUUCAAUUAAUUAAUCAUGGAAUUAAAAGAUAUAUGCGAAACUAAAUUAAUAUAAAUAGUUUGAAGAAUGUCAAAAAUGUGAAGAAUUAUUAAAAGAUAUCGAAAAAGUUAAUUUAAUAUAAGAAAAGUAAUAAGCAGAUGUGAAAAAAUUUGAUAAUCAAUAGAAUUAAUUAGAAUAAUACUAAAUAAUGGAUUAAUAAAUUGAACUUAAAUUAAUUGAUGUUUCAAAUCAAUAUUUUCAUUUGAGUUAUGCAAUAGUAUUUGAUAAAACUGGAUAAAUAAUGAUUUCAUCUGAUGAAACUAAAGUAAUUAUUUGGAAUUUUGAAAAAGGAAAAUUUAAAUUGAAUCAAUCAUAUCAAGUGCAUUUAAAAGAUGUUACUUGUUUUGUUUAUAGCCAAUAGAGUAAUAACUUUAUUUCUGGAUCUAAUGAUGCAAAUAUUAUAUGUUGGUAAUAAAUUAACGAUAAAGAAUGGAAGUAUUCAUAACCAUUCUAAUAACACAAUAGUUAUAUUAAUUGUUUAAUAUUAAAUAAAUAAGAGAAUCAACUUAUUUCUGGAGGAAAUGAUUAUUCAAUAAAAAUAUGGAAACCCGAUUUUCUUAAGAAUGAUCUAACUUUCCUUUAUCAUUUAGAUUCUAAUAGUAAUUAUAUAUACUCAAUAAGUUUAAAUUAAUCUGAAACUAUUAUGGCAUCAUGUGGAUUAACUGAAUUUAUAAUAUGGGAAAAAGGAUUAUAAGAGAAAUGGGAAUUUAAAUAUAAGUAAUCAAUUCCAUAAAUAGGAAAUAAGGUAUAUUUUAUGAAUAAUUAAUAAUUACUUUGGGUAACACAAAAUUAAGAAAAUGAUAUUCUAAUAUUUGAAUUAUAAGAUGGAAUAUUUAACUAAAAUUCAAAAAAAACUAUUUAAUUAAAUAAGAAUAAUAAUAAAUGUGAAGAUUUUUGCUACUUUCCAAUUAUAUAUAAUAAAAAUAAAAAUAUACUAUUGAUAAGACAUAAGCAUCAUAUCUACCUGAUUAGAGAAUUAAAAGAUUGUACAUUUAAUAUUAUGGCAUCAUUACAUAUUUAAAAUGAAUUUAUAUUUGGAACAAUAACCAAUGAUGGUUAAUAUUUAGUAUUUUGGGAUGAUAAAAGUAGAAAAUACUCAUCUUAUGAGAUAAAAAUGAAAUGA